ACUUCAGUUUGAUUCAGUCCCUCUCUGAGAGGUGGAUCACGCCUUGGCUGCGCGCACAAAGGUCUCCAGCGGAUUUUACGCACACUUCACUGGAGAGGAACACCAGGAGAACUCUGUUGGUGGCAUUUUCUCGUCUUAAAUAGAAGGCAGCAGGUGUUUGUAACACCCUACUGGAUAAUAUUUUUAAAUUUUGAUGCAAUUAUUACUCCUGGCGUCACUGUGGAUGAGUUGUGCCAAAAUGUUUCCACAGUUCUGUUGGCGGCCCGCCUGUGCUGCGGUGUCAAAGCCAGGACUGUGGACUGUUUGUCGCUCAUUUUCCUAAGCCUCAUCCCUGGAUUCUAAAAGGGCAGAGUCUCUUUCUAAUGGUUGAAGGGCGUCACAUUUACAAAGGGAUCCUUUUAAAGGAAGACGAAAAGAUAAGGAAGGGAUUUUCUCUUUGGAUUCCGUGUUUGGCACAUCACCGACCGUACCCAGAAGCGCCAUGGAGCAGUAUCGUCUCCGCGUCACGCUGCUGCUGCUUCACCUGGUCGUGGUCGUGCUCGGCUGGCCCGUCGGAACUGGACGGAUCCGGAAAAAGGCGACCAGGACCCGGUCCUGCCUGGACCUGCCGGAGGAGAUCCUGGAGCAGAUGUUCGGGCGGCUCUCGGUGGGAGUUAAGAGCGCUUUUCAUCACGCGCUGCAGCUCGAGCCACACGACAAACUAAACCUCACGUGCCCGUCCACGGCGAGGUCCCCAAACGGCAGCAAGAGCCGCCUACCGAUCAACCUGCUCAGCAUCUCUCCAUGGGCUUACAGACUCUCCUACGACCCCUCCAGGUAUCCCCGUUACAUCCCUGAAGCCUACUGUCUGUGUAAGGGCUGUCUGAUGGGACCGUACGGCGAAGAGAGCGAGCAGUACCGCAGCACGCCGGUCUACGCUCCCUCAGUCAUCCUGAGGAGGACAGGCUCCUGCCUCGGAGGACGACACUCGUACAUGGAGAUCUAUGUCUCUGUGGCAGUGGGAUGCACCUGUGUGCCGGUGCUGGAGAAGGAGAGAGACGGACAGAAGAGCAACCAGAGCAUGGAGAGAACGGAGAACAAGACAGGACGGAGAAGACUCGUCCCUGUGAGGAAGAAAUUAUGAAGGUGACUGAUGGUACAGUUCUCCAGACAUUUUGGAUCCUUUUCAAGAAGAAAUCACUGAAUAUUUGAUUGAAACAGCAGUGGGAUACAGACGUGCUGCAGAAACCUUUAGGAAAAGUUUUCUACCUUUCAAAUGAUGAGAGCCUUUUGUCUUAAUUUCUCAUUAAGAUUCUUUGAUCCACAUUCUCCUUCCCAACCAAGAUAAACAUUUGAUUUCAGGAUAGAAAGGAUCUGACUCGCGUCUUAAAUCUGCAUUCUUUUUACUUUAUCCUGGUGAUAUAACCACCACAUCACAGGAAGUAAAGUUCUGUCAUGUCUUUUCCCCAUCAGGCUCUUUUUUUCCCUGA